CGCUCACGCAAAGGCUGCUCUUGCCCUGCUCGCAAGGCCAUGCCUUGGCCGCCUGCUCGCAACGCCGCCUUGCCGCUGCCGAAGCCGCGCCCGCCCCUGCCCUGCUCGCAACGCCGCGUCGCCCUCCCCUCCUGAAGCCGCGCCCGCCCCUGCCAGAGCCGCGUUCGCCUCGGAUCUCCAGAGUCGCGCCCGCAUCGAACUGCCGGAGCCGCGCCCACCCCCGACCGCCGGAGCCACGCUCGCGGAUCCGCGACCGCCGGAGCCGCGCUCACCGGAGCCGCGACCGCCGGAGCCGGGCUCGCCGGAGCCGCGACUGCCGGAGUCGUUGGAGGGUCGUCCCCGUGCCUGCUCAUCCAUUCGUCUCCAACAGACUGCAACCCAAGGAGGACGUUAGGUCGUGGGAGCACAGGCGUUCCUCGAAGCUGUGGGUCUGCCUGCAUCGCUAGCCUGACUUCACCGCCACCCAAGAGGAUGGAUGACCGUCAGUGGAUGUACACCGGCCGCCCAAGUCAGAGACAUCUCCUUGGAAUGGAUUGAGAAGACCGAGGCUUUCUUAGAGCAAGCAUUCACCAGGGCUAAAGGCGCCCGUAUGACCUGGUGUCCAUGCGUGAAGUGUGCAAACACGCGGAAGCGUACGAAGGAGGUCAUGGGGCAGCAUCUUUGCAAGUUUGGGUUUAUGCAGGGCUAUACCCAAUGGACCUACCACGGUGAAGGUGAUCGCACGAGGGAGGAGGUUGUGAGACCACGUGUCGAUGGUUUUGAUGAUGAUGGUGGGGUAGCAGACAUGUUAGAUGACUUUGGCCACAGAAACUUUGUUGGAGGAGUUACGGAGGAUCCCGAGCCUACCGCCAAGGCAUAUUAUGACAUGCUAGACUCGGCUCAGAAACCCCUCCACGGCCAUACAUCAGUCUCACAGCUCGAUGCCAUUGGUCGUGUGAUGGACUUCAAGUCUAGGUGUAGCAUGAGUCGACAACACUUCGACGACUUGCUGACAAUUAUUGGCACAUUGCUUCCGGUGGGUCACGUUCUGCCGAAGAGCAUGUACGACUCACAGAAACUUCUUCGUGCACUAAAGAUGCCAUAUGAGAAGAUACAUGCUUGUCUGAAAGGCUGCAUCCUAUUUAGGAAACAAUAUGAGAAUGCAAAGUAUUGUCCAGAGUGUGGCUCCUCUAGGUUCCUGGAGGUAGAGUCCGGUGAUGGUAGCACUCGGCAGCUGGACAUCCCCGCUAAGAUCCUACGGUACCUUCCCUUCUUACCGAGGCGUCAAUGGCUAUACAUGACCGAGGAGACCGCAAAGCAGAUGACGAGUCAAGAGUGGCACACUAUAAUGCUAUAUGUGUUGACGAAUCUUGAUGAGGUGCAUCCAUACAUGCAGUAAGUUCUAUACCACUUUGUUUCUCAUUGGUGUUGUAUAUGCACUAUUUGCAUCCAACCCCUUUGUCCCCCAACGAUGCAGGCAAUUUCAAAAUGAAUUCUAGCGUCGAUCAAGGGAACCAACCCCACAAGAGCUUGAUACACUUCUUAAACACGGUGCACGCGCUGGAAGUCCUGAUUUCAUUUCUUGGUUCCAAGAAAAGGUACUUUCCCUCGUGUACUUAGUAUCACAUUGCAAGUAGAUGGUACGAGCGGGUAAUAUAAUGUACUAUCCUUCUUCACCUUGCAGAGCCAAACCGAUGCGCUUAUGAGCGCCGAGUUAAGACAUGUUGCCCAUGGUUGUGCACACAGGGUCAUAUCAUAUGCCGGUUAUGAUGUGAAUGAAUAUCGCUUCCACACAACAAGGCACGAGCAAAGUCGUCCUAACCGGAAAACGACAAAUACUGGAGUUUUCACGCUCGGCCAAAAUGGGCUGGACUAUUAUGGAAGAAUUGAAGACAUAUACGAACUCACGUUUCAUGGUUGCAAAGAUAUUAAAUCCGUCAUAUUCAAAUGCCAUUGGUUUGACCCUGAAGUAACAAGACGGACGCCUAAUCUUGGGCUAGUCGAAAUUCGACAAGAUUCCGUCUUACCAGGAGAUGAUGUAUACAUUGUGGCCCAACAGGCCACACAAGUUUAUUAUACGUCGUACCCGUGCAAAACCGAUGCAUGUCUUAAGGGUUGGGAUGUUGUGCACAAGGUAUCGCCGCACGGUGGAGUACCGGUACCAAACAAGGAAGAUUACAACUUUGACACGGACACAUAUGAAGGGGAGUUCUAUAAAGAAGAGGGUCUAGAAGGGACUUUUGUGAUAGACUUAACUGAAGCCAUGGAUGUGGCCAUUGUUGUUGAAGACGACGAUGACGUUGAGGUUGAAUAUGUGAGGGACUUACAAUUACUUGAGGAGUUACGCUUAGACAAUGACAAUAACGAUAUCGAUGCUCCUCCACUUAGUGAUGAGUACCUAGACAUGGCUGGUACAGAUGAUGAGAUGGAGGAUGCACCGGAUGCCGGUUAUGAAGAUGAUGAUUAUUUCUAAUACAUGUCACUGAACAAAGAUGGUGGGUGGCAUGAGGAAUGUGAGGUCACGGUACGCCCGACCGAGGGAGGAGCCUCAGGAGCAGCCUGAGGGGUUGGGGAGCAGGUCGAGGAGCCGGUCGAGGCACACCUCGAGCAGGAGGACCAGGAGCGUUAGCAGUCUUCAGGGGGAGACACCCGCGGUGCAGCAGCAGGAGACGCCCACCUGGGAGCAGGAGGAGCAGGAGGAGAUGACCACCGGGGCGCACGAGGAGCAGGAGGAGGAGGAGGAGGAGGAGGAGGAGGAGGAGGACGAGGACGACGGGGCCCCGCCAGAUAUCUGGCAACGAGGUCCCAGUCAGCUUCCCAAUCGAUCGAUAUUCAUCGACCAUCGCACAUUGAUUCGGCCACGAGGGCAAAAGUCCUUUAAGGUACUAGUAGCAGGAGUUGCUCACCAACGGCACCCCAGUACCAUCCUUGGUGGCUUGUGCAGGUUGCACUUCCCUGGCGUGGUCACUCUUGCGGGGGCUCCGGAGCCAGCAUGGACAUUUCAGCACUACGGAGGCACGCCGGAUACCACAGAUGUACUUGGCAGGAACUUCGGCAACAAGGCCUUGAGGGUGAUCAAGGAGAUGUGGGAUUUCUUUAGAGUGGAGCCUGAAUAUGAGGAACAGGCCAAUCACAUUUUUGGAACAAAAUGUGUCAAGAGCAUCAAGGACAUGCACUACGAGGCGCGCAUCCAGGCAAUCAUAAAUUACAAGGCCCAGUACGAGCAUGUGAAGAUACACAAAGAUGUCGCAAAGGGACACUACACUGACCAAGGAACAGUUCAUGCUUGUGCCACCGUAUUGGGUGGAGGGCAAAGGGAUGUGCUGGGAAAUGAUGGUGGACUGGUGGUGCAGCCAGGAAUGGCAGGACCAGCACGACGCAGCCCGCGUGCGACACAGAAAGAUGUCAGGUCCAUCACACCAUCAAGGGAGCCUUACCCUCGAGGAAUACAGAGAAAGAUAUGAAGCCGCACACCCUGGGCAGGAUAUAGGCCCGUUGGGGGCCUAUACUCUGUCCAAGAAGGGGAAGGCGACGGCCGACAUCACCUACAGCCCGGACGACCCUCCUGAGGCAUACACCAACUCCACCGUCCAUAGCCGGAUCAGCUCAUACUGUGAUUCAGCACAUGCGAUCCAUGACCCUAACUUCGAUCCCUACAAUGAGGCCAUCAGUGGAGAAGCAGCCAUGGGCGGUACUGGGUUGCCGACCCCUUGAUUGACUCCUCGAGGACUCCUACUCUCUCCCAGAUUAGAGCAAAGGAUAGGCGCCAGGGCCAAAGUAGCUCAGGGGUACGCUCGAGGCCGACCGCAGCCGACUGCAUCAUCACCAACCUCCAGACCCAGCUUUCGCAAAAGGAAAUCAGGAUCACCGAGUUAGAGACACAGUACAGGGAGAUGGCCAUCUACAUGCGAACUCUUGGGGCUCAGAUGGGAGCACCUCCGCCACCAAACUUGUACGUUCCACCCGCUCUAGGUGGACCUAGCCCACUUCACUCCCAGGGUUCUACUCAAGAGCCCAAUGAGCAAAGUCCUCAAGACGGUGGGUGGAGCGACCAUGUCAAUCCGUACCAACCUCCAGGCGAUUCAUGGGGCAGACGAGAUGGAUUCGGUUGGUGAACUUGUAGUUUGUUCAUGGAAUUUGUCGUUUUAUCGGACGUGUUGUUGAACUUGUGGUUUCCUCGGACUUGUGAUGGACUUGGUGAUGAACAUGUGUUUAUGUAUGUGACAUGUACGUUAUAUGUAUGUGAGAGAUUUGGUAUAUCGUGGUUA